CGUGAUAGCGCCUGCUGACUUAAAUUGCUUGGGCUCUCGCUUCACCUCUGCCAUCAUCGAUCAGUCGCCAGUCAGCUUUGACUAGAAGCAGACACUGUAGAGUGAAACGGGACCGUGUCAGGCAGCAGAAUUGUCGUUCUUUGGGACUCUCUGGCAGUGAUUGUAUGCGCUGGGUGGGCAGUGGGCACCGAUAAAGCAAGUCGCUCACAACCCCACAGCCCGUCCCGCGCCUGUCUGGCCACCUACCUGCCUGACGUCGUCAACACCGCAACUGCCACCGUCAGCCCUCUUCUGCUCUCCACGUUCAUCGACUUGCGAUAGGAGCUUCUGCUCCUAUCUACUUUCACCAUGGUCCAGUCACCGAUGAUUUCGUGUCCGCUCAAGCAGACCAGCGAGAUUGACUGGAUCCAGCCGCUCAAGGAUUACAUUCGAUCUGCUUACGGCGAUGACCCAGAGCGAUACCACGAAGAAUGCGCGACCUUGAACCGCUUGCGUCAGGAUAUGCGCGGUGCAGGCAAGGAUAGUGCAUCAGGGAGGGAUCUUUUAUAUCGAUACUAUGGGCAGCUCGAGCUGUUGGACCUUCGGUUUCCAGUUGACGAGAACCACAUCAAGAUAUCGUUUAUAUGGUUUGAUGCGUUCACCAACAAGUCCACCUCCCAAUUUUCCCUCGCUUUCGAGAAAGCGUCCAUUCUAUUCAACAUUUCAGCCGUACUUUCUUGUCAUGCCGCAAACCAGAACCGCGCCGACGACACCGGGCUAAAGACAGCAUAUCAUUCUUUCCAGGCAUCGGCCGGCAUGUUUACAUAUAUCAAUGAGAAUUUCUUACACGCUCCUUCGACCGAUCUGAGUCGCACAACUGUCAAGGCUCUUAUCAGCAUCACCCUCGCACAGGCGCAAGAGGUAUUCCUGGAGAAACAAACUACGGAUGGCAAAAAACCCGCCUUUCUCGCAAAGCUCGCUAGUCAAGCAGGGUAUCUAUAUUCGCAGGCUAUUGAUACAGCGCAAGAGUAUGUUGGCAAAAACAUAUUUGAUAAAACCUGGGUUUCGAUGCUACAGGCUAAAGCAUCACACUUGGCCUCGGUCGCGAGCUACUAUCAGGCAAUGGCUGAUGCGGAAAGCAAUUCUCACGGAGUCGCUAUUGCGAGGUUGCAGCUCGCUGAAAAGUUAUCUGCUACUGCUGCAACCUGGGCCAAGUCCUUUCCAUCAACAAUACCCGCAAGCUCCAACCUCGCUGCAGAUGCUGGGACUACUAUAGCAGAGCUGAUAAAAAAACAUCAAACAACAGUUCAAGAAACAGUAGCUUCGAUGAUUAAAGACAAUGACUUUAUUUAUCACCAGCCUGUUCCAAACGAAGCUGGUCUAUCAGCCGUUGCCAAGUUACCCGCCGCCAAAGCUAUACCAGUCAGCGAACUAUACCAAGGACAAGAUAUCCAGCGAAUUAUUGGGCCUGACAUUUUCCAGAAACUGGUUCCGAUGUCAGUUACAGAGUCGGCAAGUUUGUAUGAUGAGGAAAAGGCCAAAUUGAUUCGAGCAGAGACGGAGAGAGUGGAGACAGCCAAUGGGGAAAUGGCAGCUAGCCUAGACUACCUCAAGCUUCCGGCUAGCUUGAAUAUCUUGAAGGGUGGAAUGGACCAGGAGGUGACGGUAGAUGAAGAGUUUCGGAAAUGGUGUACAGAAAUGGCAGGUCACCAAGGAUUUCACAAGACAAUCGAUGAGCUCCAAGAGAACAAGGCGAUAGUUAUUGAUAUGCUAGGCCAAUGCACAAGGCAAUUGGAUAUGGAGGAAAGUGUGUGCGAGAAGAUGCGGUCAAAAUACGGUGCAGAUUGGACCCAGCAGCCCAGUUCUCGGCUUACUGCUACGCUUCGAAGCGACAUCAGGAGUUUACGGGACACCACAAGUGAGGCAAGUGCAAGUGAUACCCAAUUGAAUGCGACCCUGAAACAAUACGAGGCCGACUUCGACGAAAUGCGGUCAGCAGGAGAGACAGACGAGGCUGAUGUUUUAUACCAACGUGCAAUGAUCAAAGCCGGUUCAAAGCAAAAGUCUUCCCGUAAUGGUCAAACAACACCGUAUUCUCCUAGUGAAGGAACCUUGCUGGAUGAGGUCGACGAUGAAGUGAGCAUGACUGUCGCGGAACAGAUUGCUAAAGUGGAGGACUUGCUGAAGAAACUCAACCUUGUAAAACGAGAACGAUCACAGGUGUUGAAAGACCUGAAAGAGAAGAUUCAUGAGGAUGAUAUCACCAAUGUUCUUAUUCUCAACAAGAAAAGUUUAGGUACCGGACAGGAACAACAACUGUUCCAGACUGAACUAGAAAAGUUCCGAGCCUAUCAGAAUCGGAUCAUCAAGUCUAACCAUAGCCAAACCUCAUUGAUGAAAGACCUCACCAAAACUUAUGGUGAUCUUCUGCAAGAUAAACGAGUUCGAUCAGAGCAAUCAAAGUAUGAAACGAUAACUCGACAGCGAAAUACCGUAAUGGCGCGUUAUAAUAAAAUCUACACAGCUUUCAAAGACCUGAUUUCCGGUGUUUCUCAAGCACAAAAUUUCUACGAUGAAAUGAGAGAUACCGUGGAGAAUUUGCGAAAGAAUGUUGAAACGUUUGUCAGCAAUCGCCGGUCGGAGGGGGCUCAGUUGCUCAACCAAAUAGAACAAGAUAAAGUCAAUAGCGCAUCGGGACAGGAAGACCGCGAAAGAGAGAAGCUCAGGCAGUUGAUGGAGCGUCUGUCAACGGAACCCGCUGUACCAUCAACCUCACCAACCAAACAACAACGGCCGGUGCCAUCGUCCAAGGCUUCCAGUGGCACAAGAUCACCCCCUGUUCCCUCACCUCACUAUCCCUCUACCACACCUGCAGCACCUCCCCCUUCACAGUCACCGGCUCCUUACGGGCAGUACAUGCCGCAAACAGCGAUGGCCGGAUAUUACGCGCCGUCAUUCCAACAAGGCGCUGCAACACCUCUAUCGGGAGGUUAUAACCCAAUGGCAUAUCCUUACCAAACACCCGUAUCGCCGCCCCCGAACCAAGCAUAUUAUCAUCCAGGAACAUCCAGCACACCGGUUCCCUAUUCUGGGUACCCCCCAAGCACUGGCACCCCUCAUCCUCCCGCGCCUUCUCAUACUCCUCAAUUCAUCCCUCCCGGUUACAUACCACCCCCUCCUCCCCCACGUCCGUCAGAAACCCAAUAUCCACAAUCAACGGGUCCGUACCCGUCCGGCCCCGGUGGGUAUGCUCAAGUCAGGCCCUAUGGUGCCAGUCAACAUCACCAUAAAAACUCUCAAUCGGGACCCUCUCCAGGCAAUGAUCCAUGGGCUGGCCUUAACGCAUGGAAAUAAUUUUUCUCCUACUGAACAGCAUGGAAAAUAGUAGAUUUUUCUUCCUUUCUUUUUAUUUGCCUUGUUGGAAAUAACCGCAAUCAUACUUCAUCCUAGUAUUGUUUCUCGACACCUCAUCUCCUGCUUCCCGUCUUGUCUGCUUGAUUGAUUGCAUGGGUCAUGCUGUAGUGAGCUGAAUUGUCUCAUACCCAAAUUUAGGGAGAAUAUAAUUUAUAAAGUUGGAACAGCCAUUGGGUCAGAUGUAUAGAACCUCUGUCUAUUCUAAAUCGAACUGCCUAUGACAUGCCAUACGAAAAAUAAAGCUGAAACACGGAAUAGCUCAGGUCAAAUUUGACCAGGUUGUAU